CCUCGACCUAAGUAAGCACUAAACUAAGCACUUGGCACUCGAGAGCGAGUCUCUCAAACCCCUGCACGUCCCCCUCUCUGCUCCCCAAUAUAAAGGCAAAUGGCUAUUGCAGCAUCAUUCCCUGCUAUUAUUUCCCUUGCAUUCUUUAUCCUAAACCUGUGCCUUAGAGGCACUUACGGUGACUAUGGAGGGUGGGAGACUGGUCAUGCCACUUUCUACGGAGGAGGCGACGCAUCAGGCACAAUGGGGGGAGCUUGUGGGUAUGGGAAUCUGUACAGCCAAGGGUACGGGACAAACACUGCAGCACUCAGCACAGCUCUAUUCAACAAUGGGUUAAGCUGCGGGUCAUGUUACGAGAUGCGAUGUAACGACGAUCCCAAAUGGUGCCUCCCAGGUACCAUCACUGUCACCGCCACUAACUUCUGCCCUCCUAACUACGCAUUGUCCAACGACAACGGUGGCUGGUGCAACCCUCCUCUUCAGCACUUUGACUUGGCCGAGCCUGCUUUCUUGGAAAUUGCUCAAUACAGAGCCGGGAUUGUGCCCAUAUCCUUUAGAAGGGUGUCCUGUGUGAAGAAGGGAGGAGUGAGGUUUACCAUUAAUGGGCACUCAUACUUCAACUUGGUGUUGAUCACAAACGUGGGUGGCGCGGGAGACGUGCAUUCAGUGUCAAUAAAGGGCUCCAAGACAGGGUGGCAAGCCAUGUCACGGAACUGGGGCCAGAACUGGCAGAGCAGUGCCUACCUAAAUGGACAGAGUCUUUCAUUCCAACUCACAACCAGUGAUGGCAAGACCGUGACUAGCUACGACGUCGUUCCGGAAGAUUGGCGGUUUGGACAGACAUUUGAGGGGGCUCAGUUCUAAGGUUUUCGUUCAAUAUAUAUAUAUAUUAUAUGUAGGGUCAGUGGGUGAUGUGCCAAAUAGUAUAGUAGUGUAGGAGGGGCUCGUCCUGUAUAUUAUAUGGCCGUGUAUUUGCUGAGGUGGCUGAACCGCACCCGCUAGGCCUUUCAUACAUGAAAGACAGUGUUUGCGUUUGGAUAGGACAGGGUAUUCCAUUGGUUGGAUUUUUAUUUUAAUAUUGAGUUAUGCUCCCCAA